GUGGCUGUGCCCCAGCCCAUCGCUGAGAGCUGCAACGAGCUGUGCGCCCGCCAGUGCCCCGACUCCACGGCCUUCAUCCAGCCGCCCCCCGUGGUGGUCACCUUCCCCGGCCCCAUCCUCAGCUCCUUCCCCCAGCAAGCCGUGGUGGGCUCCGCCGGAGCCCCCGCCUUUGGGGGCUCCCUGGGGCUGGGGGGUCUCUACGGCGCCGGGGCCACCCAGGGCUCGGGGGGCCUCUGCACCUUUGGCAGAGCNNNNGUGGGCUCCGCCGGAGCCCCCGCCUUUGGGGGCUCCCUGGGGCUGGGGGGCCUCUACGGCGCCGGGGCCACCCAGGGCUCGGGGGGCCUCUGCACCUUUGGCAGAGCUCCCGCCUGCAGCCCUUGUGUCCUGCCCCGCUCCUCCAGGAGGAUCUGGGGCACCUGCGGGCCCUGCUAA